UGGCGGGGGGCGCGAGGCUCGAGCAUAACAUUCGCUAGUUCCCCUGGCGGGAGGCGCGGGGACUCGGGGCUUGAGCCUAACGGUCGCUGGUUCCUCCGGUGUGGGGCUCCGGGGCUCCGGGCGUUCCUCUGUCCCAGAGGAUCUUGUCGAGUAUCCCCUGCCUGGCUGCCGCUUUCGAAGCCAUCCCAAAAGACCCAGGGAACCAAGGAGAACACAGCACAGCACAUCAGCAGGCUCCCAGCCAGCCAUGGACCCAGGACCCAGCGCCCUGAAUUCUGGGACCCUGGAGGAGGCCAAAGAGCAACAGACCUGCACGGCUGCAGGACUCCCCAAGGACACCACCGAGACUGCAAAUUUGACCAAGAAAAAAGCUACUCAGAAGAGGCAGAGGAGCAGAUCUCCGUCCCCUGCCAAAAGGAACAUCGUGGGCUGCAGAAUCUCUCAUGGGUGGAAGGAAGAAGACGAGCCCAUCACCCAAUGGAGAGGCACUGUUCUGACGCAGGUGCCCAUAAACCCCUCUCUCUAUCUGGUGAAAUACGAUGGAGUUGACUGUGUCUAUGGACUGGAACUUCAUAAAGACGAGAGGAUCUCGUCCCUUAAAAUUCUGUCUGACACAGUAGAACCAUUCCAAGUUCCAGAUCCCAGCCUUGCUGAUAGCAUAAUUGGCAAGGCAGUGGAACACAUGUUUGAGAGUGAACGUGGCACUAAGGAUGAAUGGAGGGGGAUGGUCCUGGCCCAAGCGCCUAUCUUGGAUGCCUGGUUUUAUAUUACCUAUGAGAAAGACCCCAUCCUGUACAUGUACCAGCUUCUGGAUGAUUAUAAAGAGGGUGACCUCCGUAUCAUGCCAGAGCUCAAUGAGGAUCCUCCACUAGACGGAGACCUGGAAAUGGAUGGUCUGAUAGGCAAGCUUGUGGAAUAUACCAAAGAUGAUGGUUCCAAAAGGGUGGGCAUGGUGAUUCACCAAGUGGAAGCCAGACCUUCUGUGUACUUCAUCAAAUUUAACGAUGAUUUCCAUAUCUAUGUCUAUGACUUGGUGAAAAAUUAUUAAUUGUUUGGCAAAGUUUUGCCACAAAUGUGGAAAUAAACUUGUAAUUUCUAGA